CAGUAGCAACCAAAAUGGAGGACAGGAAUGGAACUUCCGAAACUUUUGUUUGCAAACUUGGCACAUUUGGAUAAUUUUUGUUAUGUUUGGAGAGCAACUUAAAAGAUUUAUCGACACACUGUCGAUAUAUAUCAUAUUUGAAGCACAUUUAAUGAAAAGCUGGCGACGACUAAUGUCUUACGCGAAGACGAACUCUGAUAAUCAAAGAACAGUUUCGAGGACACUUCGGCCAGGAUUUGUCAAAGUGAAAGAUUUCGGUGCUUUCUGAAGUUUCAAAAAGUUACUUAAGUACUUUUAAGGAACAAAUGACAAUAUGUUGAACUUAAGAUAUUCAAAAUGACCUUGCAAAAAUUGUCAGCUAUUAUUGGAAUAUUUGAAUCAUUCCAUGAAAAUGACAGAAAUACGUGCACACACCAUUAAUAUUUUCGGGAGCAUGUGCAUAUAAAAACUGGAUAACUGUUAUUGUUGUUUUCUAUACGGAAAUUAACAAAAUAAGCAGCUAGAUAAAAGCAUCAUGUUCAAAAAUGAAUACCAGGGUGGACCUUUUUUUGAAGUUCUUACCUUACAAGGAAAAGAAUCGUCUGCUCAUUGGAAGUUCAGUGGUGGCGUUAAGAAGGUAUAUGAUAAGGAGGUGAAGAGCUAUAUCUAUAGUUUGGAGGGGACACCAUCGACCACAAAGGUCCACUUCCCUAAGGACCAGUCACAAGCAGUUCCCCUGAUCCAGCGCUACUUAGUCAUACAACUUCACCUUGCAAAGGGCCAAGAUCUUUCCAUUGAGCUAGGAGUUGCAGACUUGGGCAAUAACAAGAGGCGACUACACUUCUCUACAGCACAGAAGGAGACCCAGGUUACCCCUCUCCAUGCCAAGAUUCCCCUCACCAUUGUACGGAGAAGUAUUUGGCUGAACAUGUGUAUAGACAUGGUGUCGUUGGUGGGCGAGACUUGGCGGGGACAGACAUACAAGGCAACACAAAGCAUCAGUGUCUCGGCCAACUGUAAACUUCGUCGCAUCUUCACCAUGAAGACCCAGCCACCCGACACAGCAGAGGAUGAGGAGAUGUAUGGCUGCCCACCAAGUAAUUCUGGAGAACUUGACCAGAUCCCCAAGUCUUGUCAACUGGCCAACGAUGUCCAGCAAAUAACACAGCUGCUUACAUUGACGAAGAUCCGACAUGGUGAGAGAUUAAGGGGCGGAAGUGGAGAUGUGAAUCAUGCAUCAGCCACACUGGAACUAGAUUUGAACUCCAGUGGACGCAGGACAUCCCUCAAUGAUUCGUUCCACAUAGCAUUUGGUUCCAAGGUACCGGGUAAAACGACUAGUCAGAACACGAGCAGGAAGUCAGCGCAGGGCAACAUGACCAACAGAAGUGUGAGAAGUACGUACUCCCGUAUGGAUUCUCAAACAGAAGACAUGUCUGAGGAGCAUUUUGAGUUGUCGUCUAGUAUAGCAAGUAAGGACGGAUUUCUGAGUGGGAGUGAUCACAGCCGGGAAGAUUCUGUCCAUCAGCCCUCCCACCAGAGACAAGGCUCGGACUCUCUCUCGCAGGUCGAUCUGGAAAUGAUGUCCCGAAUUGACAAACCCAAGCAGGAUUUUUCUAUGGUACAGCCCCACCCUCCUCGUGAGCCAUCAAAUGACCGACUACGACGAAAAAUACGUGUGAAGAAUGGAGGUAGCGGGGUCGGUAAGGACCGUGUUUCCAGUGCUGGAUCUGUGACAGAUGAGAACAUGAGUGUUGGUCCAAGUGUGCAAUCACAUCUAUCUGAGUCUGGAUACAGUAGUCAAAAAAGUAGUACCACCCCUCAUCGCCAACGCUUGAUAUCAGAUGGCGACCUCAAUUUGUCUGACGGCAGUGAAAAUACAACAGAUUCAGCAAGCCGUAACAGAUCUGCCGAGAUGGCGCGUGGUGUGAAGCCACAGGUGGUACCGAGGGUCUCUGACCGUUCAAAGGGGAAAUCGUCGGGAGGUUGCUUCAAAGGGGUGGGAGCCUCGGGUCAAGAUUCAUAUGAAAGACUGAGUCCCAAGACUUCAAAGGAGUACAACUGUGAGGACUAUCUGGAAGACAAACCGGAGCUGUUGGACGAUUCCAUGAGCAAUGUGAUAGAACUGCUGAAACAGAAGGCAGGUCUAGGGGGUAGGAUGGGACAGGACUGGGAUGAUCUGACGGACGAGGAGGAUAGCUCGGCUGAGGAUCUGGGACGGGAGGAGUAUGAGGAGAGUGAUGAGGAAGAUAAUGGCAACAGAGACAACAUUUUCCUGUUUGCGUCACGGCCAAAGUCGGCACCCCGGCGCCAUUUAUCACCUAGCCAGGCAGACAGUGGUCUGGAUCUUGACUCCUCGUCACAGUCAAGAACAUUGUCACUGCCAAGGAAUUCAAAGAAAGUUUCAAAGGACAUGGCCAGAGGGGCUCGUCCCGAGGAGGAUUUUUAUAAUAACAAUUCCAGUAGUGAGGAUGAUGACAUACACGUGCGGAAAAAGUUAACGGGAUCUCGCCCUAACAGUGGUUCAAACAGUCGGCCACAUAGCGGCACAAAUAGCCGGCCACAUAGUGGCACAAACAGUCGGCCACAAAGUGGCACAAACAGUCGACCUCAUAGUGGCACAAACAGUCAGCCACAAAGUGGCACGCAUAGUGGCACCAGUAGCCGAAAUCCCAGUGGUACAAUCAGAAGUGGUAUGAACAAUAUGGCUGUCAGUCCUAAAUCUGGUUUGGAGAAAAAGAUUGCGCGGACAGUUUUAAGUCCAGUACAGCCACAGAUUGCCAAUGAAAGUCCUGAACUCCGAUUCAGCUCCAACACAUCAGUAUUACAAGUUCCUGGAUUGAAUAACGGACAUUUAUCCAACAAUUCCAUGUCCAGAAUGAGUCGGAAAUCUUUACGUGAGAUUCCAAUGAAUGAUGCCAGGUUAAAAUCUUCUGAGAAGCCAUAUGACUUUUCAAAGUACCAAAUGGCAGACAUCACAGAAUCGUUUGAAGCCAAAAUGUUAUCCAGUAUGAAACGCCAUAAUGACGAGGAGCUGGAGGAUGUGGUCGAGUCGCCAAGGAAACAAACCGCCCCCAGCAUGCCCCUGAAUAAGAGUCCCCACUCGACACUGACACAGGAGCAAAACCCUCGUAACCUGUAUGAUUUCUCGCCUACCUUGACCAGUGAUGAUGACACAAGUCUCAGUACUUGGCAGGCUCCCCCUAACGCCCCUCACAACUACCAAGAUGAGAUGAAAUCCCGACUCAGCACAGACACGCUCACCUCCUCAAACCCCAGGGACUGGGGAAUGUUUAGUCCUCCCUUGCCAGUCUUCCAAAGCCAGCUGAAGAACUCCACGGAGGACCUAUCAGUGGGUAGCAAUAAUAACUCUCCGCGGAAGGAAGCUUCAGAUUUGAGUCCGCGGAAGGCAGGACUGUCAGCCAUGGGACGACAGGACACGACAGACGAUGAGUCUAUAGACGAGUUGGACUUACUCUACGAUCCCUGUCUCAGCUGUUAUUACGACCCAAGGAGCUGCAAAUAUUACGAACUUGUAUAGCAUUUUUUUCUGACCUUGUCCUCAAUCUCUCCCGCUGAUGUGUCCGUAAAGGGUAUAGAUCUGUUUUAAUUUUCCCAGCAUCUAUUUUAGCAAUUUGUAAUAUUACACUUUACAGUUUAUGAGUGAUUCGUUCAUCAGCAUUGCAAUAGAAUUUCUUUGAAUUUAAAAAAAAUAUAGCGGUGUUCAUUCAUUGUUAAGCAUUUCAGGUACAUAUUUCAUAAAAUAAAACCAUACUUGCCAUAGACAUUGUUCAAAGCUUCAACUGGUAAUGGUACAUGCAUUGUGUAACCUGCUGAUCUAUAGAAAAAACAUUGAAGAGAUGUAUUGCAGUAUUUAUAACAUUUUAGUCACCUGAUAUUAAGUUUUGAAGUCCAAAUGACUUCAGCUAAAAUAACUGGAUGUAUGAAUCUAAGAACAAAAUCUUCAAAAAGGAAGAAUUGGAAUCAACUUUUAAGUUUAACUUUCAAUGUUUUUCUGCUUAGGGAACAUCAGACCUAUUCUUUCCCACUGCAUGUCUUAAAUAAAAGGCAACUUAUUUGGUCAUCUCACAUUUUCUUAUUGCCUAUAAAAUGUUGACACUCCGUCCUCAAUGUAAAUAUUUGUACAGAUCAUGGUACCCCCAGAACAUCCAGCCAUGUCAGUUUUACAAAGGCUUUGCUAUGUAACCUACACUGUACGGUGCAGUAUUCUUGGCCAGUUCUGAUAUCAAUUUGAUGUAUUCACAGAAAGAUAUUGUCAUUAUUAUAUAUUUGCAAAUCAUUUUUAUAAGCAACACAGCCACAAAUUCAUGAUGUCACAUGACAUUUCAUUAAUAGCUGAUGAGUUGAAAGAUUUAUUUUAAUUUUGAUGAAGAGCAAUAUGAAUGCGUACACCAGGUGUGUAAAUCUAUGAAUGUAUGACAUUUUGAUUUAACUUCCUUGAUAUUUUUGUGAUGAGCAUUAUCUUACACAUCAGAAUUAUGGUUCCUUUUCAAAUUAUUAAUUCAAGGAUAGUUACAGGUGUUUUAAUGUGAAACACUUCUGAAAGGAGGUUCAUUUUACUAAUAAGGUAGCAUAUACCCUUAAGCUAUGUUUGAAUUACCAUAUUUUACCUGUGAUAAACCCAUGUAUCCUAGUGCUAAAAAAGACGGUAAAAUGAACUGCUUGUUCACGGAGUUUUACCUAAAAUGUGCACUCGUACGUGUGAAAUAUUAAAAAUAAUAGAUGGUCUUAUUACUGAGCAAGGGUUUAUAAAGUGAAGGUAGGAUUUUCACUGAUAACAUAUUACUCAGCGUGAAUUUAUUACUUAGUGUGGUCUUAUUAUUGAGGAUGGUUAAUUACCAGCUAAACGUUGUUUAUCACUAGUAAAAUAUGGGUAUUUUUACUUAACACAUACUUAAUGAUAUAAUGUAUGUGUCAGCGAUUUAAGCUCAAGUCAGUAUCAUCUCUGGUUGUGUGAAUUGUCACCUUUUUGGGAAAACGUUGUCAUGCUUCAAGAGAAAUAUUAUAACCUUCAUCAGGAACUAUCUUACUUGUUAAUCUGAGUUAUCAAAUGCACAUGAAUUACACAUAUACGAUUGUUUGAAACGCAUUGUUUUGAACAGAUUGUUUAUAAUUACAUAAGAACACCUGUCAUCUGUUAAGUGGUUGUUUGAUAUCCCUUUGUGAUGAGACUGUAACCAAAGUACCAUAUUGAAAGCAUUUAAUUAUCAUUUAUAUACUUCAUAAAUAAGUUUGGAAUACAAUUUGUGUGGAGUUACUAGCAUACAAUCUUGCAAAUUCCUAUACUUUUUAUGUGACUGUUUAAGUGCAUUAUCUAGAUGUUGUGGUACAGUUUAACUAAUGUGAUAAUCACACAGACCCAUUUGUUGGGUAUCAAUACUUACAGUAUGUCUCGAAAUUGCUCCAUGUCUUUUGAAAUUUUCAUCUGUAAGAGUUGAAAUUUUGAAAGUCUCUGUCUUUCCGCAAAGAGAUAUUGACACAGAAGUAUUAAGCUUGCAAACAGUAUUUAAAACAAUGAUAACUGCUGUAAAAAUGUGUAUGUGAAAAGACAAGAGUACUUGUGUCUAGUGAGGGUAUUUAUAAUCUGAGUUAAAGACAUGUUUGUAAAAGGGUUGGGGUGCCUAGUUUGCACCCAUUGACAGUAUGACUGGGAUUAAUGAGAAAAGGGUUUUACAGUGUCAAUGUGAAUGUCCAGUAAAGAUUAAAAUGAUGAAUGCAAUAAAGCAGUUUUACCUGUCAGUUAAAACUCAUUUUCAAACACCCAGUCUUAUUCUUGCUGUUUACCGUACUAGCUGUGGAAAUCUAUUGAGAGUUCAGGUCAUCAAAGCUUUGUGAUCGACAGUUUCAUUGUAAACAUUUUCUGACCACAUGAAAUUACAGACCUGAAAAUUGUGGAGGUCAUCAUUGUGUGGCUAUGUUAAUACCUUUGUGUAGUUAAUAUACAUUGAGCUGUAAAAGGAACAGGUGGAUGUAUUAUUAUUUGUUCUGCUGCUUCCAAGUGAACAUAUACAUAUACUGGUACAUUAUACUGUGGUGUUAUACCAUCAGAAUGACACUUUCAUAUCGUAGAUCGAGAGAAUGACAAAAAAACACCUGAUACUACAUGUGAGGUAUAAUUUUUGGUUGACCUUACUGUAUACUGGGAAACAGUCAAAUUUUCGCCCUCCACUGAAAGAAUCCAUUUUUGUGCUGUGUUAUUUUCGCCCUCCACUGGUAGAAUCCAUUUACACUCGUGUUAUUUUCGCCCUUCACUGGUAGAAUCCAUUUACACUCGUGUUAUUUUCGCCCUCCACUGGUAGAAUCCAUUUACACUCCGUGUUAUUUUCGCCCUUCAGAUGUUAUUACUAUGUAUAGUAUGUUGUGUAUUUAUUUGUCACCACCGUGAUAAAUUCGCUCACAUUACGGAGGGCGGAAAAAGGCAAAAUUAAACUGACGAAAACUUCCCAAUACCAUGUAUACAGAUUGUGUACAGUUAAACCUCGAUGUAAUUCCCCACGUUUAAUUUUCAACCUCAUUUACCACACACAUAUAUCAAGGACUCUUAUUCCACCUUUCCUUUACUCAUUCACCCCUGAAAUUUCAUAAUGAACUAUUCUAACCUUUGAAUUGGAAGGGUUCAAAUGUGUCUUCAGAGGUGAAUGAGUUAACAAAUCUUUAUGCAUUCCCAAAUGUUUCGUAAAACCCCAUCUGCAAUAUCCUCAGGAUUAGCGCACUUAUAUUCUGUGCAACUCUGGAAUAUGUCAUGGCAAAAUGGAAGGCAUGCGGCUAUAGCUAUGUGGUUAUUAUUGGGUAAAAAUAUAUACAGACUUCUGCCCUUUAGAGAUUACAGAGCUGCGACACCCCACUUCAAAGUCAGUCAAUUUUACUGAAAUGCUGCCAUUGGAUUUUUUUGAUUUUCAUCAAAUGAUCAAACUAGUCUUCGUGUAUCAUGAAUAAGGUGGCACACAUUGAGCCUUCAAUUUCUUCAUGACUAUUCCAGGAGAUGGCCCUGUAAGUUGUAAAGAGUUUGUGCCCAAUCCCUUUUGACUGUUUAAUGUCAAUAAAAUUCGUUUGAAUGAAAAAUAAAUCCAGGAGUGCAGAAAGCGCAAGUAAGCGUUGCUCCAGGAAUAUCGAGUAUGGCUAAAACCCUUUAUAGUGCCACAAUUUUUCUUAUGACUAAUAGGGUCAGUAUAAAAAGGGUUUGCAACAAGUAUUCCGAGCAAAGUCAAUGUGCUAUCAGGAUACAUGUCAUUGUAUGUGUAAUUAUUACUUAUAAAUGGGUUGAAUGUACAGGUAGUGUAAAACCAGCGUAAUGUGAUGUUUAAUAACAUAUCAAUGUGUAAUGUCAAUGUCACAUUUUAUGUACACAAGUCUGUGAUCCAAAGAGAGAGUGCGAAAUAAAAGUAGAAAUAUG